AUGAGAAUCAAGGUCCCCGACCGCGGAGAAAGUGAGAUUACCAACCCCUGCAUUCGCUGCGCAUUGGUCACCUCGUAUUUCCAAGAACUGAUAGAUGAUAACAAAAUUGACGAUCAUGAUCUGACCCUCCAGAACUUGGCGGGUAGGCAACACUAG